AUGACCGUCCCGCUCCACCCCGUAUCCGGGGACGUACUAUGCCGCAGCGCGUUGUUCGCGGCGCGCCGCUUCGGCCGCUACCUGGUGGUCGAACUGCUGGCACCGCAUCGCGUGAUAAGCACCUCCGCGGUCGGCGGCGGGCAACGGGACGACCUGCGUUUCCUGGUCAACCACCAGAGUUGCGAGGGGCAGGGUGAUCAGGAGCGCUACGAACUGAUCUCACGUAUGGGACUGGACGCCUAUCACCGUGCCGUGUGCGGGGAGAUCGGCAUCGACCCCGACCACACCGCCCUGAUGGGCACCGCCGCCAACAUGGCCUACGCUGUCCACCGGUCGGCGGCGUUCGAGGAUUUGCGCGUCGACGCGUUCACGACCGCCGGCGUUUCGGGCAACGCCGCUCGGGCGGGCGAUCCCGCCGCCUGGAUGGAGACCGACGACGGCUGGCGCAAGGUGUCGCCCUACGCCGGGACGAUCAACACCAUCCUGCUGCUUGCCUGCCCGGUCACGCCGUCUGCCCAUGCUCGCGCCGUCAUCACGAUGACCGAGGCGAAAUCGGCCGCGCUGGCGGAACUGGCCGUUCCCAGCCGGUACUCGCCGCUCAUUGCCACUGGAACCGGCACGGACCAGAUCUGCCUCGCCGCGCCGUUUGAUCCGUCACGCAAGCCGAAGGAUUCGACCAGUCCGCACGUCAAGCUGGGAGAGAUCAUCGGGGUUGCGGUCAAGGCGUCGGUGAAGGAAGCAUUGUGCUGGCAGAAUGGUCUGGAGCCUUCUAGGACGCGCGACCUGUUCCACGCGCUGGGCCGCUUCGGCCUCACCGCGGCGCGCGCGGCCGAGCGUCUGCAGGCGUUGUUGUCCGAACGGCGCUACGACUUGUUGGAGAAAAACUGGAACGCCGUCUUCCACGAUCCGGGGGAGCGCGGCGGCGGCCCAUGCGUUCGCCGCCGUGCUCGACCGCGUCGCGUUCGGCACGCUCCCGCCGGGUCUGGCGAACGAGGUGCUGCGUCAGCAGGCAGCCUGCCUGGCCUGCUCGCUGGCGGCCAAGCCGGAAUCCUGGCCGGUGUUCCGGGCCGAACUCGCCCUGUCGCCCGACGACCCGGUCGAGUUGGUCCUGCGGGCGAUCGCCCUCGGCUGGAACGCCAAGUGGUCCUGAGCAGCUUAGCGCCGCGUGCCGACCUGCUGGCGGUGGCGGUCGUGUUGGACCUGUUGCUGGGCGAUCCGGUCUACCGUUGGCACCCGGUUCGGCUGAUCGGCGGCUCGCUGAGGUGGAUUGAAGCGCGCCUGCGCGCGGCGGGCGCCGACGGGUACCUUGGUGGCCUGCUGGCGCUCCGCGACUUGCUGAAGCAUGUGGGAGCCAUCAAUACUGCCGCGGUCGCCGGUGAUCUUGCCGCCGCCCGGCAGGCGGCCGGCCGGCUCGUCGGCCGCGACACCGAUCGCAUGGACGCCGCCGCUUGCCGACGCAGCGGCAUCGAAAGCCUGGCCGAGAAUCUGGUUGACGGGUUCGUCUCGCCGAUCUUCUGGUAUUGCUUGGCCGGCGUGCCUGGGAUCGUGGUGUUCAAGACGGUCAGCACGAUGGAUUCGAUGGUUGGCUACAAGACCGCGCGCUAUCUCGCGUUCGGCUGGUGCGGCGCGCGUCUCGACGACCUGAUGAACCUGAUUCCGGCACGGCUCACGUGGUUGCUGAUUGCGUGUGCCGCGGUGUUGACGCCCGGCAGUUCCAGUCGCGGUGCGCUCCGUAUCGGGUGGCGGCAGCACGCCGUCGUGCCGGGACCGAACGCCGGCUGGAGCGAGGCCGCGCUCGCUGGUGCGAUCCGUCGCCGGCUGGCAGGACCAAUCUGGCUGGGCGGCCGGCGGGUAACCGACGUUUGGAUCGGUGAUCCGGCCGCUGCCGCUGCCGGAACGAGUGCGGACUGCCGGCAGGCGCGGCAGACGGUGCUGGUGACCGUCGCCUUUGGUCGUUGGUGCGGCAAUCGUCUUGCUGGCUGCGGCGUAGCGGCCUGGGGGGUUAUCUGCAUUGGCAAACAGGGAGGAAACAUGACUGGAGCCAACGGCGGCGCGCAUGAGGAACGCGCCCACAAGGAGCGUAUGAAGAUAGUCCAGGCAGAGCAGCGCAGGAAGCGUGCGGCGGCCACGAAUCCCGGACAAGGGCUCGUGUUGGUAUACACCGGCAACGGCAAGGGCAAGUCGAGUUCGGCCUUCGGCGUGAUGGCACGGGCGCUCGGCUGGGGACAGACGAUCGGUGUCGUGCAGUUCAUCAAGGGCGAUUGGGUGACCGGCGAGCGCCAGUUUUUCGAGCGCUUUCCAGAUCAGGUGGCUUGGCACACCAUGGGCGAAGGCUUUACCUGGGAUACGCAGGACCGCGCUCGUGACACCGCUGUCGCCGAGGCGGCUUUCGCCAGGGCUUGCGAGAUGCUGGCGGGGGGCGAAUACGACCUCGUCGUUCUCGACGAGAUCAACGUCGUGCUGCACUAUGACUACUUGUCUUCCAGCGCCGUGCUCGACGGGCUAAAAGCCCGCGCGCCGCGCACCAGCGUCAUCCUUACCGGCCGCGACGCCAAGUCCGAGAUCGCCGAUUACGCCGACCUCGUGAGCGAGAUGCGCGAGGUGAAGCACCCGUUUGCAGCCGGCAUCAAGGCGCAGCGCGGCCUCGACUUCUGA